CUCGCGGCGGCUCAACCGCUGUCACCGGGCCCCCGGCUGCAUGAGGGGCUGAGCCUCUGGCCGCGCGGGUGUGAAGGGGCGGGGGGGUCUCCUCCCGCUGCCGCGGCGCAGAGCCAUGGUGUCAUGGAAGGGGAUAUACUUCUUACUUGCACUGUUCUUGGCAAGUUUUUUUGGGAGUAUUUUCAUGCUCGGACCUUUUCUACCUUUGAUGUUUGUCUCCCCGGCCUGGUAUCGCUGGAUUACUGACCGCAUUGUGGCCACCUGGCUCACACUCCCUGUGGCUUUGCUGGAGAUGGUGUUUGGCGCAAAAGUGGUUAUAACAGGUGAUGGGUUCAUCCCUGGAGAAAGAAGUGUAAUUAUCAUGAACCACCGGACACGAAUGGACUGGAUGUUCCUAUGGAACUGCCUGCUGCGAUACAGCUACCUCAGACUAGAAAAAAUCUGUCUCAAAUCCAGUCUCAAAAGCGUUCCAGGAUUUGGUUGGGCAAUGCAGGUUGCUGCUUUUAUUUUCAUUCAGAGGAAAUGGGAAGCUGACAGGAAUCACUUUGAAAACAUGCUGGAUUAUUUUUGUGACAUUCAUGAACCUCUACAACUCCUCAUCUUUCCUGAAGGAACUGAUCUCACAGCCAAUACCAAAGCCCGCAGUAAUGAAUUUGCUGAAAAGAAUGGACUUCAGAAAUAUGAAUAUGUCUUGCAUCCACGAACUACUGGUUUCACUUUUGUAGUAGAGCGGCUAAGGGAAGGUAAUAAUCUCGAUGCUAUCCAUGACAUAACAGUGGCAUACCCUCAAAAUAUUCCACAAACAGAGAAGCACCUACUUAAUGGAAACUUCCCAAGGGAAAUACAUUUUCACGUUCAUAGGUAUCCAAUACAGACUCUGCCAACUUCCAGGGAAGAGCUGCAGAUCUGGUGCCAGAAGCGUUGGGAAGAGAAAGAAGAGAGACUCCAAUUGUUCUAUGAAGGUGAUAAGUACUUUGAUGUAACAGGGCGAAGCAUAAUCCCACCUUGUAAAUCCGAACUCAGGGUCCUAGUGGUUAAAUGCAUCUCGCUUCUGUAUUGGACAUUGUUCACACUAGCUGUGUUUGUGUUGCUGUACCUGUACAGCUUUGUGAGAUGGUAUUGUGUGACUGUGACUGUCAUUUUUGUUGUUCAACAAAAAAUAUUUGGUGGGCUGGAAAUAAUUGAACUUGCAUGUCAUCAAUAUUUUAAUAAACGACAGAAUGGAUAUAGAAAAGUGGAAUAACCAGUCUAGUGCUAUAAUGGGAGAGAAAGGUAAUGGAUGUUUUUGAGACUUAUUACAGACUUUGUAAACAGGGAAACAUUUUUGCAUGAGAAUUGUAAGUCUUUUUUUACUACCGCCAUUAUUUGUUAAAGACACUUUGCACUUAUUCUGUGAAAAAGGAAAAAAAAAACUAGUUACUGCUACAUGUGAAAAUGGUAAUUUUUAUCUUUGAAUGUAAUUUCUAUAUUGCUCUUGCAAGCAGCUAGCGACUGCAUCGUACUGUACCUAUGAAACAACUUGCUGGAUUAUUUAACAAUCAUUAGGAUGUUAAUAAAUGUGAUGUACACUGAACUUUUUAAAACUGCAGGUCCAAACUGUCCAGCUAAGGGAGACAGAUCUAUGAUUCCUGUACAAUCAUGUUGGCACCAGGCUUGCUUCUUUAACAACUUACCUGUGUGCACAUGCACACAGUCCUAACAUUUUCAAUUUUAUUUUAAACCCUUGUCUCUCAAACUUUCCCAAACAAGACUUAGUAUACUGCUACCCAGCCUAGGUGAAGAUGAGAAACUGAUGUGGAUUCUAAUUUGGGUCUCAUUUUGGGGUGCAGAUAAGGCUAUCCAUUCUGUCCUAGUGUGACUCCAAAUUGAUUUUUUGCAAGACCUGCUUUGCUGUUGUGGGUAUGUUGUAUUUAUUCACACCUGGCAUCUUUUUAAUUUCUCCCUAUAGAAGAAACAUAUCUGAAAACAAGUGUUUUUCAUACAAGGUGAGAGGUCUUGAGUUUGAAGCUAUUACUCUCGCUUUUAAAAUGUUUCCUUCAUUAUUUUAAUUUUCAGCAUUCACCAUAGGAAGACUGAUGUGCAUAUAGAAAAAAACAGCUCUAAAAUUCAACCAAGGCUACAAUUGGUUAUCUAUAGUUAUACGGCAAGAAAAGUGUCUCAGCCUGUCAUAGUACAAGUCAGUUAAGCUACAGUAUUUCUCUUCCCAAACGAUAUCCUUCUUGACCAGCCAAUCACAUCAUUCCUCUUUAAUUCAGGCCACUCCUCUGCAUAAUCUUUCACUUGUUAGACUCUUCCAUUGAAACUUUAUGCAAGAUCCUUUCCUUUUAUGUGGCAUUGGUGGAAAGCCAGAGAAAUCAAAGGAUAUAGGCCUUUCAAAUCCUUACAAGGUGGAGGGGGCUGAAUCUUUCUGAUGUGGUUCGGUCCUAGUCACCUAAGAGGAAUAACAUUCAUAGCGGCAUAGUAUACGGAAUAAAAAAAUUCCAGCACUUAAAUUCCUGUGCUUGACUUUGGCAGUCAGCCUCAAAACAAUGUCUUGCUUUGUGUAUUCUUCCACUGUCAUAGAAUACUCCUUACUUACUAAACACUUUCUAUUUGCUACACAAAUGACUCUGAAGUUGCUUGUGCUAUAUUAAGUUAGUGUGGCUGAGCAUUUGGAAUUAUAUUACUUUGAAAUGCAGCUAUGUGGCACGAAGAGUUUGUCAUAUAGAAAGCUAAACUGCUCAAAUAUUGGUUUACCGUGGCACACAAAUCAUUUUUCUAUUAAAUCUCAAUAUUAGGCAUGUUCUUCAAAGCAUUUGAAUCUAGGCCCACUGUUGGGUGAAAUUGCCUACCUAUAUUUAACUGUCCCUUCUAAGGUGACAGCUGUUUUUAAUCCCUGCUCAUAGUGACUAAUUAGUUAUUAUGCACAAGUACUUGAAGCCAUCUGUUUUACUCCAUGACAUUUUUUAAAAUCUUUUUUCUUUUCUAAAAAUGGCUUCUAAUUUAGGCUUAAGUCUCUUAACUUCCUCUUGUUAUAUUUAGAAAUGUGUGAAUAAAUAGUUUGAUGGCUAGCAUUGUAUUGUCGUGAAUACAGCAGAAAAAGAAGCUCUUUCCACACUAAAUGGGAUGUUUUUAAUGCAGUUCUACUAUAGAAAAAGUAUACCUGCUGUUUACAUUUAUAUACCAACAUUUUAUUUACGAUAACACUAAAUUUUGGUUUAACUCCCUGCACUUUCAGCUAUCUCAAAUCCUGCAAUGGGAGAAAAAAAAUCUUUUUAUAUCUAAUUUAAAGGUGAUCUAAAAGGCUUUUUUACCUGUCCAAGGCUUGAGCUGCUCAUUCACACCUGUAAUAACAAUGAUACUAUAAAGGAUAGUAGCCCUUAAGGGGAUACUAUCGAUCCCAUUGAGAUCAAAUUUGUAAUAUACCCUUAAUGUUGGAACCAUCCUCCAAAUUAUAACUUGAAUUUUUCUUGUGUAAUCACCAUUUGCCUUCUUUUAAUGAAGAGCCACAAGGGUCAGGCCCUGUAAAACACUUCCUGUUAAAUUGCCUGACUGUGCAUGGUAAGUACAAACCCCAUUUCUCACAAGCAAAGUUAUUACUCAGGCUGAUGUACAAAUGUUGAAGUUAACCAAAAAGUCACAUCUAGUUUCAGAUCAAUAAGAGAUAUAAGGAGGAGAGAUUAUUUGAAGCCCAGGUAGUGUAAAAAAAAUGGAGAAAAUUGGUGGAAGGCAGGAGAAGCCUUGCUCAACAGAUCUAAUCAGAAAAUGGGGAAAACUCUCUGGGGAAAUUAUCAUUUUCCUCUUUAUCAAAAUGUCUCUCUUAUCUGGCCAACUUCCAAGAGACUUUUUAUUCCCCCUUGUUUGUUUGGCUGAAGCUCCAUACAUAAAGAGGGCCCAAUUGCUCUCUCUUUAACAUCUCUUGCCUUUGAAAUGUUUCUGUUGCUGCUGGAUUGGAAGACUGGUGUUCUGGGAAUUAACACACAACUGAGUUUUCAGGGGAAGCAUAUGGGCAGCAAGAGACCUCUCAGUUCAUUAGCACAGUUUCUCAGAGCUAUUGUUCUCUCUACUCCCAAUGGCUAUGUUCUGGUGUGUUUUACAAUCACUCUACGGGGUUAACAUGUCUGUUAAUCUCACAUUUCUUGAGAUAAAUAAUGAGCUUAACUUGCCUUUUAGAGGUGCUUUUAAUUUUCCUUAGUCAAAUGUUUUCUUAUCAGAAUUGUGGGUCUCCUUCUCUUUGAUCAGGCAGAGGUUGAACAGCUCACUCUGUGUUUGUUACCAGGCUCCUUCAUCAGAGUGAGACACCGAGAUCUUGUGUUGAAUGUUCAUAAUACAGAAACCAUAGGUGGGUCUGUACGGUGUUGUGUUGAUCAUACUAACUGUAGUGUCUAGUUUUGUGCACUACACCAGUCUCAGUUGUUUCCAAAAAGCAAUCUGUGUUUUUAUAGCUUCAUUUUAUAAGUACGUUGUAAGAAAACAAACACUGGGUUACCACAAAUCCACAGAAUAGCCUUAGUUUUCAAAGUCCACCGAUACGUUAGAAUGUUUGAGCCAUGUAUCUGUUAACUUUCUGUACAGCAACAAUAAAGACUUAGCACAUU